CAUCGUAUUUAUGCUUGCUGGUUUGUUCAAAUAGAAACUGCAUUUCUGUUUUAUGUUUUUGUGUUUAUAUUAUGAACAUGUAGUUCCUCCGCUGGAUAAUGUGACUGUUUGUUGAAAUUCAAGGGCAGUUGUAAAUGCUCUGUCUCCUUAUAUGUCAGUUAGAUUUUGAACAUAUCAAGUCGGGUUUCAAAAAAAUUUCAACUUCUUGGGUUUUUUGUAUUUUUUUAUAUAUACAUUUUCUUAGUGAUUAAGCUGAGCUGAAAAAAAGGAAGAUCAUUUUGCAACUGUUAGGAGUUCUAACCCAAGUGAUCUAAGUUCAUGUUGCCUCGAAAACUAAAUCCUAGUGAAAUAGCUCAGCUAUGCUGAGACAUUCAAAUGCUAGAUGGGUUCACUGCACUGGGUGGAGGAUUUACAGUUUUAGGUUUGGUAGCUUUUGGGCCUUUUUGUCCUAUCCGAACAGAGGAUAAAGUGGAAAGAAUCUGGACAAGAGAAAAAAAGAUCCGUUAUGCCUCGAAAGUGUGCACAUCCUUCUCAGAUUUUAUGUACCCUUGAGUUAGUCUUUCACUCCAUUAUGCUGUUUCAUGUAGUUUCCUAUACCUAUGAUUCUACAAUUGAUAUAGGACCUACAUAUAUAUGUCUAUAAAACUGAUUCAACUAGAGAUAAAUAUACCUUAAUUCCUUUGCCUUUACCAAAUGGAUUGUUUGUGUGCACUUUCUGAACAACAGUGCUAAGUUGUUUUUAUUAGACCUCAGAUGUGUAAUUUGUUGAAAUGCCACUGGUCAAGUACUAUCUUUCUGGAGCAAUUGAGAAUAGGUGGAGAGGAUGUAUUAGUGCAUUUGAAUUAUGAUUGUGCCUGUUGGUUAUCUAAAUCAUAGCUGUAAUGUCCAUCCCUAUCUCAGUCGUUAUAUGUCAAUUUAUUGCAGGAAGGUACCCAGAUUGGUACAUUUAUUUUGGAAAUGGUAGUAUCUUUGUCAAAUUGGACUUUGUUGUGGCUUGAUUCUCCUUUUUGUUGCAGCGGUCUCAUUCCUUUUAUCUACAUAGAAUCUUGGGUCCUACUUUUUUGUCACUUGGUUGUGUGGCCUUGCAUACACAUAAAGCAUUAUAAAUGUCUCCAUUUUUCCGCCAAUUAUCUAUUACAUUUUACUGCCCCUAGAUCCUUAUAUGCUGCUUCUUUGCUAUUCUUAUUAUUGGAAUGGGGUUAAAUGUGCCCUCGGAUAAGGUUAAACUAGCCAAUUUUUUUUUCCUCUUUUGGACAGCAGUCUCGUUGUGACUUCAAGAAAUUCAUAUCUUGAAUAUUUGGAGCACCUUCAUAAUCCACAUGAUAAUCUUUCAGAAAACUCUUUUUCCUGUCUCUAAUACUGCUGUUAAUGUUAUCAUUAUCCCUUAAUAAAAGUCUUUCAAAUUGAAAACCUUUGAGUUUGUUCUCAUGAAUCCAGUUCAAUUGAGAAUCAUACUCUGCAGCUCCUUUUGCCCAUUCUUUUUUUUUCCUUCCUUUCAAUAUGUGUUUACUUCUUCCCAUGAAUUCUUCUGGCUUCUGUGCCUUCUUCACAGUUGCCUUGCAAGCUUAUUUAAUUAGAUACAUAAGAUGCCAAGGGCAAAAGCAAAUGCUUCAUCACUUGAUAAACCAGUUGAACCCGAAAAGCCAAUAGAGUCCGAUGAGAAGGUUGAUCUUGAUGGUGACAAUGACCCUGAGGAGGCAAUGGAUGAAGAGGUUGAGUAUGAAGAAGUAGAGGAAGAAAUAGAAGAAGAGGUGGAAGAAGAAGAGGAAGAAGAAGAAGUGGAGGAGGUGGAAGAAGAGGUGGAGGAUGAAGAUUCUAAUCAUGCCACUGGAACUGAUGUUGGGAAAUCCCAUAGCAGUGAUGAGGUGAUGUCUGAUGAUGAGGAUGAGAAGAAAAAGCAUGCUGAACUUCUUGCCCUUCCUCCACAUGGUUCAGAAGUUUAUAUUGGUGGCAUUCCUCAUGAUGCUUCUCAAGAGGAUUUAAAGGUUUUUUGUGAGGCUGUAGGAAAGGUUACAGAGGUUCGGAUUAUGAAGGGCAAAGAUUCGGGUGAGAAUAAGGGCUUUGCAUUUGUGACAUUCAAAAACGUGGAAAUGGCUUCUGAUGCCAUUGAGGAAUUGAAUAAUACUGAAUUUAAGGGUAAAAGAAUAAAGUGUUCAACAUCUAAAGCAAAGCACCGUUUGUUCAUUGGUAAUGUUCCAAGGAGCUGGGGAGAAGAAGAUCUGAGGAAAGUUGUGAUGAAGAUUGGUCCUGGAGUUACUGGUGUAGAACUGGUCAAGGAUAUGAAGAACACAAGCAAUAACCGAGGCUUUGCUUUCGUUGACUACUAUAACCACGCAUGUGCUGACUAUUCAAGGCAGAAAAUGGUGGACCCAAAAUUUAAGCUAGAUAACAAUGCUCCAACAGUGAGCUGGGCAGAUCCUAAAAAUGCCGAGUCGUCUGCUGCUUCUCAGGUGAAGGCAGUUUAUGUAAAGAAUUUACCCCAAAAUGUGACACAAGACCAUUUAAAGGAGCUAUUUGAACACCAUGGGAAAAUCACGAAAGUGGUUCUGCCAGCUGCAAAAUCUGGACAGGAACAGAGUAGAAUUGGUUUUGUACAUUUUGCAGAGAGGUCCAGUGCCAUGAAAGCAUUGAAGAACACUGAAAAUUAUGAACUUGACGGCCAGCUGUUGGAGUGUUCUCUUGCAAGGCCACAGGCAGAUCAAAAGUCUGGUGGAUCAAACUCGCAUAGGUCAGGGUUGCUUCCUAGUUAUCCACCUCGUUUUGUUUAUGGUAUGGCUGGGGGUGCCUAUGGUGCUCUUGGUGCAGGGUACGGUGCUGCAGGUUUUGCACAGCCUUUGAUGUCUGGACCUGGACCGGCUCCUGCAGGCAUGGGAAUGAUGCCAAUGCUUCUACCUGAUGGACGGAUUGGAUAUGUUCUGCAACAACCAGGUGCACAGCCACACCCCUCACCUUCGCAUCAAAGAAGUAGUAGCAGGGGUGGUGGUGGGAGCGGAAGCAGUAGCAGAAGUAGUGGUGGUCCAAACAAGGGUAGGUACAGCAAUGAUACUGGGCAUGGACGCAGGUAUAACCCGUAUUGAUUAUUCUUGCAAUGGUUAGAAAUUGGAGGGGUCGGCAUUCCAUUGUGUACUUGUCACGUUCAAGAUUGUUACAUAAAGUUGUAACAGCAGCAUCCUAUACGAAAGUGCGUUAUGGAUACUUCUUUGUUAUACAAAUACCUUAUGUGGUCAUUGUUGAUUUGUUAUAUUUAAUCAUUUUUUACCCUAAA